CCCUGAGCGAACCUUUUAGAACUCCGAGGCACAAUAUUCUGUUACAUUGUAGCAAAAUGGCGACUGUCAUUCACAACCCCCUGAAAGCUCUUGGGGACCAGUUCUACAAAGAAGCCAUAGAGCACUGUCGCAGCUACAACUCCCGGCUCUGUGCUGAACGCAGUGUCCGUCUACCUUUCCUUGACUCGCAGACUGGUGUAGCUCAGAAUAAUUGUUACAUUUGGAUGGAAAAGAGACAUCGGGGACCAGGUCUUGCACCAGGUCAACUCUAUACGUAUCCUGCCCGUUGCUGGCGCAAGAAGAGACGUUUGCAUCCUCCUGAGGAUUCCAGGCUCAAGUUGCUGGAGAUCAAACCUGAAGUUGACCUGCCCCUAAAGAAGGAUGGUUUCACAUCAGAGGGGACCACACUGGAAGCUUUGCUACGUGGAGAAGGGCUUGAAAAGAAGAUAGAUACUAAAGAGGACGACACUCUACAAGAAAUCCAGAGGGUUCUGGAAAAUGAUGAAAAUGCAGAUGAAGCACAUGAGGAGGAAGAGAUGGAAGAAGAUAUCCCAAAACGAAAGAACAGACCCAGAGGACGGGCCAGAGGCUCUGGAGGUGGUAGGCGAAGGAAUGAUGUUUCUUCCAUGGAUGACCAUGAUAAACCCUAUGUUUGUGACAUCUGUGGCAAACGCUAUAAGAACAGGCCUGGAUUGAGCUACCAUUAUGCUCACACUCACCUUGCGAGUGAAGAAGGGGAUGAGGCUCAGGAGCAGGACACACGUUCCUCACCUGUCCACAGAAAUGAAAAUCACAAACCAGCCCAGAAAGGACCAGAUGGGGCCAUCAUUUCCAAUAACUACUGUGACUUCUGUCUUGGUGGAUCCAAUAUGAACAAAAAGAGCGGACGGCCAGAGGAACUUGUUUCAUGUUCAGAUUGUGGGCGCUCUGGUCACCCCACCUGCUUGCAAUUCACAGCAAACAUGACAGAAGCUGUCAAAACCUAUCAAUGGCAGUGCAUUGAGUGCAAAUCCUGCAGCCUUUGUGGAACCUCUGAGAAUGAUGACCAGCUGCUUUUCUGUGAUGACUGUGACCGUGGCUAUCACAUGUAUUGCUUAAAUCCACCCGUCUCUGAACCUCCUGAAGGAAGCUGGAGCUGUCAUUUGUGCCGAGAACUUCUCCAAGAGAGAGCAUCUGCCUUCUGCUACCAGCCCUAAAAGAAUCUCACCUGGGCCAGGAUCAAGCAUGUUCCUGGACUUGUGACACUAGUGCACAAAUGUCAUCCACCACCUAUGGAUAUGUGUAGCCACAAAUACACUUACACAAAUACACACAAAAGACAAUGGGCAUUCAAUGAAGUAUCUGUCCUGUUUGCUGUCCGAGUGUAGAAUAUUGUACCUCCUGGGUUCUACUAGAAGGAUCACACUUUUUGGUAAAUGUCCCUGAUGGAUUCUUUCCAGUGCAGUGCAUGAUUGGAAAUAUACUGUAAUAGAUUCACGCGUGUUAUGGUAAUAGCAGAGGGGAACUAUUGUAACUGUUUGAUAUUUUAGAAAUUUGAAUUGUGUGACAUUGUGCUUUUUGUUUGACCUAUAUUCCUGCUCCCAGAGAAAAAACAAUGUUAUCUUCAAAAUAAUUCUUGAUGCAAAGAUACUGAGAAGGACUCUUCACCACAGGUUUUAAUAAACCAAUAUUUAGAUGCGUAGGACUUUGAUGGAUCCAAUGUCUCAGUUCUUUCCAAAUCAUUACCUAUUAAACCCAAGUGACAAAUUGUAGAGAGAUACAUAAGUGCCAUCAAUCUGAGUCUUCUCCAUUUCCCUGCUGACGUGUGAGUUAAAAAAAAAUUCAUGAUAACAGAAAUCUAUUUCUUUCAUCCCAACUUGAUAAAUCAACACUGAGAUAACUCUGUUGGACUAAUUUAUUUGGGACUAACAACUGGAUUUAGGCUGGUGUCAUUGUCUUGCCCACUCUUUUUCCUGUGCCAUUGUCCACUUAUGGAUGCUAACCCUCUGAAUUCAAGUCUGAUGAAACCCAAGAAGUUUGGGAAGUGAAGCAAGUGGACAAAUAGGAUCCAUGCAUUUUUCAGUAAUGUGUCAUUUGGGCCCAAGUGCCAAACUGACAUGACAAGAUGUUUAAAGCUAGCCUAAUGUUGUAAGAGUGAGUCGUAUCAGGACAUAAUGGUGCAGGCUGCAUAUCAGUAGUAGGUGAUAAACAUAUCUUUACUGUCUAUGUGGUGCUUCCCUACACCCUACAGACUAUGUUGAUUCUAAGUUGAGCUCUGAUAUGAAAACCGAAACUGGUGUGGAUGGGGUUCUCCCAUGAAGGCAAAAGCAGAAAGUAUGGGGAAGGCUCUGCUCUCCUUAUUUCUUUUUGUAGAGGACUGAGGCAGUCCAGAACUUAACGAAACAGGUUAGUCCUAAUUAUUAUCUUUCUUCUUGUUUGGUGUGAAGAUUGAAAUGAGAUCCAACAUGGUGUAGUAGUCCGAGUGGAGGAACAGGUUCUAUUAGGAGACAGGACAUCCACCCUAAUCAAUGUACGUGUGUUUCAAGUAUAGGAAGAUGCCUUACACCUAGCUGUUGGGUGAUUGAUCUCUGUCUUGCCUACACUCAUUUACUGUGCUUCUUCAGAGGUUAUUACGUUUGUCAGAAUUUCCCAAGUCUUCUCUAGCCAGAAGCUGGAAAGAAAAAGUAGGGGAUUAUUGGCGGCCUUUCUUGUAUAUUUUGUUUAAAAUCCAGUGCUCUCAGAUAUAGAACACAAGGCUGAUUUUAACAUUGAUCUUUGGCUGUUUGAAUGUCCUUAAGAUCCUAUCAUUGUGUUCGACUGUUUCACAAUUUUAUUUCAUUUUAGAGAAAAGAAUCUCUUGUAUGUAAAUACACUGUUUACAUUCCAUACAUAAUUUGUUGUAAUGUGCUAGGGGAAACUUUUCAAAGUUAUUAGUAGUUCUUGCUUAAGCCCAGCAUUUAUAAUUAAAAGGGGUUUUGUUUUUUGAAAUAUUUAUAUUGAACUUAAACAACAGAAUAAUGUGUUUCCCAGCCUCCACCCACCGCCAAUUCAUUUUGUCAUGUGGAAAAAUUAUCCUCAUGAGUAAGAAUGACUCCAUGCUUUAAAAUACACAUUCUAUUAAAAAGGAGAAAAUAGAAAAUACAACCUAAUGAUCAAACCAAAUUCAAUAAUAAUGUUCCAAAAUUCAAAUAAGAUGAAAACUUUAAGCCAGUGGUUCCCAAUCUGUGGUCCAUGGACCACCAGUGGUUUCCAGGAACUAAAAUAUGGUCCAUGGCCUCACUGUUACUACUCCAUUGCAAUGAGAGUGACUAGUCUCACAAAACCCUCUUAUAAUGUUGAGGCAAUGGGGUAUCAAGAGGGGAAAGGCUGACUCCCCACAAAAGAUACAUCAACAAACCUUCUGACUUCUGCUUCUCCUCCUCCUCCUCCCUCCCCCGAGAGAAGCCAUUCCAUUUGGUGCCUCGAAACGGUGGCACGUUGGUGUCUUCAUUUUUAGGCCUGUUCCUGGGAUUAUUUGGGGUGCUGAUUCAGAAAAUUGCAUUGGAUAGACCACAUCAGCUCUAUGUGAUUACAUAUGGCUUUCUAUGGGUAAGCAGAUGGAGACUACUGGAUAUUCUGUGUCAGAAAUUAGAGGUGGUAUGGUCUAUCCAAUGCAAUUUUCUGAAUCAGCACCCCCAAAUAACCAAACCAAAUCUGAAGUUGACCAAAAACUGAUUCAUAAUCCUUUUGGUACUAUUGUUGGAGAGUGGUCCCUGGUCAAAAUGAUCCCAGGUCAAAAAAAAUUGGGAACCACUGCUUUAAGCUGAAGAUAGAUCUGAGACAUGAAAUAUGAAAAAAGCCAAAUUGCAGAGAUUUGGCUAUUAUUUAAAGUGAUUAUAUAUAUAUAUAUAUAUAUAUAUAUAUAUAUAUAUAUAUAUAUAUAUCUUCAUGGGUGUGUGUGAUAUCAAGCAAGAACACUAAUGUCCAAAAGUCACAAAGUAAUACAUAUGUUUUUGAGUUUCAAAGAAUUCUUCAAACUGAAGCUUUUUUAAAAAAAGGAGGGGAAGUGUUAGCAAAGACCACAGUCUGUGGUAUGAAAUAUAUGACAGUUUUUAAAAUCUCUAAUAUUGUAGCGCAAAAAUCCACUAUAAAUGAGGGGGCAACCCAACCAAGGUUACAAAUGUUUACAUCACAUUGAUUUCAGUUGUGAAUAGCCUUAAUUCUCCCCAAUGAAAGCAACAAGACUUAAAGACUGCUGUAUGUGGUUGACUGAAUGACUGCAAAUAAAUGUGUCUGUUUAUGACCUGACAUUGUGCAUUUAUGUGCAUUCUUGCUAAGCUCAAUAGCAGUUAUUUCAAAAGUGGAGUGUGGAGAAUUUUUUUCAGAAAGUGCAUAACUUUAGAUAGACUCUACCCUAAGUGACAACACUCACCAUAGUUUUACCCUUGGCAUUGUAGCAGUGAGCGGGCUUAGGGCAUAUGUUCUGAUAAAUUUUAUUACAGAAGGGCCUCCUUAUCUAUGGAUUCAACCAUUCAUGGAUUGAAAAUAUAUUUUAAAAUCUCAAAAGUAAACCUUGAUUUUACCAUUUUAUAUAAAGGACCAUUUUACUCUGUUGUUGUCUAUAAUGGGACUUGAGCAUCCAUGGAUUCUGUUAUCCACAAGAAGUCCUGGAACCAAACUCCAGCAGACACCAAGGGCCCACUGUACUUGAUGCAGUGCCAUGCACAGUGACUAUGUGACAAAUUUUGUCCAGAGGGCAUGGAACUGAGAUGAGACUUCUGCUAUAGAGCUGAAGCAUGCCAUCUCUCUCUCAUACAUCUAAGCUUGAGUACUAAAUUUUAACAAUGGGAUUCCAAUCAGUAAAGAUAAUAGCGUAAUGUUGUAUUUCCCAGCUUUUGCUCCCAUUGGCAAUGCUGGGUGAAACUACCGUGUUUACCUCAUAAUACCCUUAGCUGUGCCAACAAAGAGGUCUUGACUAUAAUAUUCUCUCAUUCUUUCUCCAGCCAGUUCUUUUAUUUUCUACUGACUCUGAAAGUUGAAAUAAGUCUGAAAUAAGUUUUCCAUAGGAGAAGGGUUGCAGGGAGAAUUAGCAGGAAGGAAAAAGCGUAACACACGGUUACCAUCUGCUGCCGUUCCUCCUCUGCAAAUUCCACUCUGUUACCUUAUUACUGUUAACUACCAACUGGGAAAUAUAUUUCACUAUCAAGCCUUAGGAAAGUGACUUUUUCAGACUAUAACUCUUCUGGAAGUUAAAGUCCCCAUGGAGUAAUUUUUCCAAACUCUGUUCCUUGGGUAAUAUGUAGUUCCACCGGGAAUAAUAAAGGUAAGGUAGAAAGAAGGCUAAGGUUGUAUCUUGAUGAUCAGAUACUUACAGGCAAGAAAAUGUAUUUCCUUUAUUCCUGUAAAAUGAUUUGCUUGAGCAUUUACAUGUACUUUUGUCAAAAUAAAUAUUGGCUGGCACCCUGUUGAUGAAUUACAA